GCCCUCAUACACACCUCCAUCAAGACGACCGGUUGAAGGCCAACUGUCCUCUGUCUACUCGUUUCACGAUGUUGGCCACUCCACCGACAUCCGUUGCCUCCGGUACCGGUACUCCCAGCAAGCCGUUGCACUACUCCCCCGGCCAGGGCUUCGUCGCACAAUUGGCCAGUCCACCGGCUACUCCGCCCCCGCAGGCCGUAUCACCCGCAAAGACCGAGAAAUCUGCUGCGAACAAUGUGGUGAGGUGGAAGGGAAAGGCGGUGGUUAUUCGUGUGCCGGCGUGGGACGUGAGAGAAGCUUGUGCGUCGAACUCAAUUCGACCGACACCUGAGGGUCCCGAAUCGAGUUCGAAACCAAUCUUCAAUCAUUCAUCCCCAUCAAAGAAACAGAAACCUACAGUCCACAUCCCCGACCCUACGGAAUGGAAUACCCACAUCCACGCUCUCCGCGAAGCAAAACUCGCUGCCCUUGGUGUGGGUCCCAGCGAUCCAAGACCAUCACAUGCUGCAUCUUCUUCACUCGCGCACCUACCAAUCUUGAGUCCGGGUCCGUUGAGCCCGAAUUUUAACUUCAUCGGCCGUCAGCAUUACGCACCAACCACCACGAAUUUUGCCCAACUCGGUGCACAGGCUGGGUUCGCGCACGCGCGUCUACCUUCGAUCUCUUCUUCUCUUGCCUCACCUGUGAUGGGACUCGGACUCGGAUUCGAUGGCGUGCCGGUUUCUUCUCUACGCAGUCCCGCGGGUUCGUCGCAUCACCGCCUUCCGUCUUUUGUGUCCGCACUCGACUCGGUCGUUGAGUCACACACCGAGGAGCCUGGACUCGAGCACGAGCACGAGCACUCAUCCGAGCGGAAAUCAUCUGUCACAAAGCAGCACGGCCACAGCCAUGCCCGAGCGAACUCGACUCUCGAUCCCUCUGCACCCGCGUUCGCUUUUGCUUUCCCGCCUGCGAUUCCAGCUUCCCCGCUCGCUGAGUACGCUUCUCCCAUGGACGAGUUCAUCCCCGAAAUCGGCGAUGAAGUCUUUGUCAAGCCAGAGAAGGAGAAGAAGGUUAUUCCAAUUGUAAAGCCGGUUAGUCCCGUCAGGAAGACUCCUGGGUUCAAGUUCCCUGCGUCGCCUUCCCCGGCUGCGGUUGCGGCUGCGGUCACAGAGGAGAAGGAAGUUGAUGGGGAAGAUCAGGGUUCGGAUGCGGACGACGAAGAUGAUAUGUUGGCUGGGUUGCAGGCUGCCAAGAAACGGAUUCAAGUCCUCGAAGCGGCGAAUGUGGGAUUGAAGAAACUGGCGGGCAAGGGACCACAGCUGGAAAACGAACUCAAUAUCACAAAGUCCGAACUCGCGUCCGCACAGGAAGCAUUAGUCGACUUCGAAGUCCUCAGAGCAGAAAAAGAAGAAGUCGAAAAAGAAUACGACACCCUCCAAACACGCUACGAAGGCCUCGAGGAGGACAUGCGCUCCGUCGCCCAAGACAUCGUCAAAGAACAAAUCUCCUGGCGCCGCGAGUUCGACGAGGUUUCUGCCUCGCGUGAUCGGUAUGCGGAGCAGUACAAGGAUUCUGAGCGGCGUCGGAUGGAACUCGAGGGGAUUGUGGAGACGAUGAGGAUGGAUGAGAGGGUGCAGCAGCGGAAGAUUUGGGAGUUGGAGGAGAAGGUCAAGACUGGUGCGUCGGUUGGAUCCAGACCGGGUACGGGUGGGAGUAUGGGACCUGAGGCGAAGGUUAGGGAGUUGGAGGGUAUGAACGCGACUUACCUCGGUCGUAUCGGAAUGCUGGAAGAGUCGUUGACGAUGCUGGGUCAAACCGCUAAAGCGCGUGAAGAGCUCUUGGGGUCUGUACAGGCUAUGUCUGAAUCCCGGCGCCUUGAGAUUGAUCGUUUGUCGUCUGAGUUGAGCGUGGCUACGACGAGUUUGAGGAGUGUGGAGGAAAAGGUGAAUGAGUUGAGGACGCAGGUUUUGGAUUUGAGGGAGCAGGGGAUGGAGAAGGAUGUUAAGAUCGCGAAGUUGGAGUUGGCGGUGGAGAGACAGGGUUGAAGGGCAUCUUCAGUCCAUUGAAAUCGAGGACGGGAUUGCGAUGAUAUUUACGUGAAGAAGAUGGAAUGCAGCUUGAGAAAAGGCUUAAGAGACAUUGGAUGAUAUAUACCUCGAUCGCGAACGAAAGCAAAGGGCAUCUUGGAGUUACAUUGGCUGGCUAGGACACUUCGAUUUCGGCACUUUGGGCAUUUUAAUAUAUGGAC